AUGAAGCAGCAUCGGCGAAGGGAGUAUUUGUCUAAUUCCAUUCCAGAUAGUUCAGGCAUUCGGGCGAAUUCGUUGAUGGGAGGAGAACCCCCUCAGAAUUUGUUACCCUCCAAACACGACUUGCCCAGACUGGUUAUCGUGCUCGCACUCGCAUCGCUAGUUGCUUGGACCUGCAAUUUCCUCUUCACCUCUCUCCUUCAUCCCCCUUCCAAACCCUUUUGCGACACCAAUCCCCACUCCCCUGAUUACUUUCCCGAUGUUUGUCAACCUUGUCCAAGUAAUGGAGAAUGCAACAAUGGAAAGUUGGAAUGUCUUCAGGGUUACCAAAGGCAUGGGAAGUUGUGUGUAGAAGAUGGAGAUAUUAAUGAAUCGGCUAGAAUGAUUGUGGAGAGAGUAGAACAUCACCUAUGUGAGGGAUAUGCUCAAUUUUUGUGCAGUGGAACCGGACCAAUUUGGGUUCAUGAGGAGGAUUUGUGGAAUUAUUUUGAGCCCGUGGGAAAUCUCAAAGGGGACAAUGCUCUCUAUAAUUAUACAAAACAAAAGGCAGUUGAAACAAUGGGGAAAGUAUUGGAGACAAGAUUGAACAACUCUCAUGGGAUGAAGGAGUUUAAAUGUCCAGAUUUGCUGGCAGAGCAUUACAAGUCAUAUACCUGCUGUAUUCAUCAGUGGAUCUCCCAGCAUAUUCUAGUUGUUUUGUGCAUUUGUGUCAUGCUUGUUGGAUGCACAGUUUUGUUUUGGAAAGUACGACAGAAACUAUCCAUGUCAAAAAGAGUUGAGGAGCUUUACGAUAAGGUCUGUGAAAUACUUGAAGAGAAUGCAUUGACGUCAAAGAGUGCAAACGGUGAAUGUGAACCCUGGGUUGUUGCUUCUAGGUUACGUGAUCACCUGCUUUUGCCAAGAGAGAGGAAGAACCCUUUAUUAUGGAGAAAGGUAGAAGAAUUGGUUCAAGAAGAUUCGCGAAUAGAUCGUUAUCCGAAGUUGGUGAAGGGUGAAUCAAAAGUGGUAUGGGAAUGGCAAGUUGAAGGCUCUCUCAGUGCCUCAAAGAUGAAGAAAAGAAGAGAUGCAAGCAAAGCAAGGGUAAACAAAGACAUGGAUCUGAAUCAUCAACAACACCCUGAAGUGAAAACUGAGCCUAUGGAACCACUUUUUUGA